AUGGGGGAUGGCAUUCCCGAGCAGCUGCUCCAACGAUAUGCAAAGUCCUGUGAUGAUCAUCUUCCGCUACCUCCUCCUAUGCAUGAAAACAAGAUUUCGAUUAGUGUCAGAAGUCUGCCCAAUUCCGUUCAGAUCCCAGUCUGCACGGAGUUAACGAAGUGGGAUUUCUUUGACCAAUACUUUCCCCGACAAGAGCCCGUCAUUGUUAAGGGAUUGAAUAGACACUGGCCUGCAGUCCAGAAUUGGAGCUUCAAUCAUCUUCAUAAAAUCUUGUGUCAUCGUGUGUUACCUGUGGAACAAGGCUCGAAAUACACUGACUCUGAUUGGGCACAAAUGCUAAUGACAGGCUCACAGUUCUUUAACACUUGUACACUUCCAGCGGAUGAGAAAGGCCCGCUUUAUCUUGCUCAGCAUCGCUUAUUCAAUCAAGUACCUCAGCUUCGUGAAGACAUCUCUCUUCCAUUGUAUUGCGACCAUUGUGAGUUCGACGAAGUGGACAAGAAUUGUUGGAUUGGACCUGGUGGUACCAUAUCACCUUUACAUACGGAUCCACGUGAAAAUGUAUUCUCACAAGUAAGCUCUUUUGCUAUAACUAAUUGGCGCUAUUCCACCCACUGUCCUAAAUUUUCUAGAUAUUUCGUCCAAAGUUUGUCAGGGCAUUAUUGACU